AGCACUAACGAGAAUGUAGCUUUAUCCCUCCAGGAAUUCUUUUUAGCCCGCCAGGAAUUAACUUUGACUAUAAAUAGGUCAUCAAUGUUCCUUUCAGAAAAUGUUCAGAGACCUUAACUUUGUUUAGAGACCUUGUGUGGGUGGAACUUCCUGUUUGCACAGAGAGCAGAAUAAAGCCCAGUUGCUCUGAGGAGUGUUUGGGACCAGACCUGUUGCAGGGAGUAGGGUACAACACUGUCUGGUCUCCUCCCGUCCCUUCUCCCUGCAGUAUGGGGAAGAACAAACUCCUUCAUUCAAGUCUUGCUCUUCUCCUCCUGGUCUUCCUGCCCACAGAUGCCUCAGUCUCUGGAAAACCACACUACAUGGUGCUUGUCCCCUCCCUGCUCCACGCUGAGACGCCUGAGAAGGGCUGUGUCCUUCUGAGCCACCUAAAUGAGACAGUGACUGUAAGCGCUUCCUUGGAGUCUCUCAAGGGAAACAGAAGCCUCUUCACUGACCUGGUGGUGAAGAAGGACUUAUUCCACUGCGUCUCCUUCACUGUCCCAAAGCCUUCAUCCAAUGAAGAGGUAAUGUUCCUUACUGUCGAAGUGAAAGGACCAACCCAGAAAUUCAGCAGGCGGAGCACAGUGAUGGUUAAAAACAAAAAGAAUCUGGUCUUUGUACAGACGGACAAAGCUAUCUACAAACCACUACAGACAGUCAAAUUUCGUGUUGUCUCAUUGGAUGAAGAUUUUCAUCCCCUGAAUGACGUGAUUCCACUAGUAUACAUUCAGGAUCCCAAAGGAAAUCGCAUUGCACAGUGGCAGAGUCUCAAGUUGGAGAAUGGCCUACAGCAACUGUCCUUUCCCCUCUCAUCAGAGCCUUUGCAGGGCUCCUAUAAGGUGGUGGUACAGAAAGAAUCAGGUGGAAACGUAGAGCAUCCUUUCACCGUGGAGGAAUUUGUGCUUCCCAAGUUUGAAGUACAAGUAAGAGUGCCAAAGGUAAUCACCAUCUUGGAAGAAGAGAUGGAUGUAUCAGUGUGUGGCAUAUACACGUAUGGGAAGCCUGUCCCUGGACAUGGGACUCUGAGAGUCUGCAGAAAGUAUAGCAACCCUUCCGAUUGCUUUGGUGAAGACUCACAGGCUUUCUGUGAGAAAUUUAGUCAAAAGCUAAACAGCCAUGGCUGCUUCUCUCAGCGAGUAAACACCAAGGUCUUUCAGCUGAAGAGGUAUGGGUAUGAAAUGAAACUUCAUGUGGAGGCCAAGAUCAAAGAAGAAGGAACAGUCGUGGAAUUAACUGGGGAAGGAUCCACCAAAAUCACAACAACCAUAACCAAACUCUCAUUUGUGAAAGUGGACCCAUACUUUAGACAAGGGAUCCCCUUCUUUUUUCAGGUGCGCCUAAUGAAUGGGAAAGAUGCCCCUAUGCCGAAUAAAAUCAUCUAUAUCACAGCACACGAAGCUAACUAUCACUCCAAUGCUACCACAGAUGAGAAUGGCCUGGUGCAAUUCUCCAUCAAUACCACCAGUGUUAUGGGUACCUCUCUUACUGUUAAGGUCAAACACAGAGAUCAAAACAGCUGUUAUGGCUACCAGUGGAUAUCAGAAGAAAACCAAGAGGCCUACCACACUGCUAAUCUCGUGUUCUCCCUGAGCAACAGCUUUGUGCACCUUGAGCCUGUGCUUGGGGAACUGCGCUGUGGCCAAACUCACACAGUCCAGGCACAUUAUAUUCUGAAAGCUCAGGUCCUGAAGGAACUGAAGGAGCUUGUCUUCUAUUACCUGGUAAUGGCAAAGGGAGGUAUUGUCCGAAAUGGGACUCAUGUCCUGCCUGUGAGGCAGGAAGAUAUGAAAGGCCAUUUUUCCGUGUCUGUUCCCGUGUCGUCAGACAUUGCCCCAGUUGCUCGGUUGCUCAUCUAUGCUAUUUUACCGGAUGGGGAAGUGAUUGGGGAUUCUGCAAGGUAUGAAGUUGAGCGUUGUCUGGCCAACAAGGUGAAUUUGAGCUUUAACCCAGAGCAAAGUCUCCCGGCCUCACACGCCCACCUGCGGGUCACAGCUUCCCCCCAGUCAGUCUGUGCCCUCCGCGCAGUAGACCAAAGUGUGCUGCUCAUGAGGCCCGAGGCUGAGCUCUCCCCAUCCUCGGUUUACAACUUGCUUCCACUGAAGGACCUCACUGGUUUCCCAGGUGGUGUGAACCAGCAGGAGGACAGCAAUGAAGACUGUGUUGAACAUUACAACAUCUAUAUUAACGGAAUAACAUAUUCCCCAGUGCCAAAUUCAAAUGAAAAAGAUAUGUAUAGCUUCCUGCAGGAUAUGGGCCUAAAGGUAUUCACCAACUCAAAGAUUCAUAAACCCAAAGUAUGCCCACGGCAUGAACAGUAUGAAACACGGACACCACAGAUAGCUUAUUUAGAUUCAGACCUAGCACAAAGAGGCUUCUCGGGUAUGGCGAUGAUCCAAGUAAAUGAGGCUCCCACAGAGAUUGUACGAAAGUACUUCCCUGAGACAUGGAUCUGGGAUUUGGUGGUGGUGAACUCAUCGGGUGUUGCAGAGGUGGGAGUAUCAGUCCCUGACACCAUCACAGAGUGGAAGGCAGGGGCCUUCUGCCUAUCCCAAGACACUGGACUUGGUCUCUCUCCCACUGCCUCUCUCCGAGUCUUCCAGCCCUUCUUUGUGGAGCUCACAAUGCCCUACUCUGUGGUCCGUGGAGAGGCCUUCACACUCAAGGCCACAGUCUUAAACUACCUUCCCGAAUGCAUUAAGGUCAGGGUGGAGCUAGAAGACACUCCCACAUUCCAAGCUGUCCGUGUGGAGAAUGAACCAGAGUCUCACUGCAUCUGCGGGAAUGGGCGGCAAACUGUGUCCUGGGCAGUAACCCCAAAGUCACUAGGAUAUGUGAAUUUCACUGUGAGUGCAAAGGCACUAGAAUCUUUAGAGUUGUGUGGGACUGAACUGCCUAUGGUCCCCGCCUAUGGAAAGAAAGACACAAUCAUCAAGCCCCUGUUGGUUGAACCCGAAGGACUAGAGAGAGAAGUGACAUUCAACUCCCUGCUUUGUCCAUCAGGUGCUGAGGUAACUGACAAAUUAUCCCUGAAGCUGCCACCGAAUAUGGUAGAAGAAUCUGCCCGAGCCUCUGUCUCAGUUUUGGGAGAUAUAUUAGGCUCUGCCAUGCAAAACACACAAGAUCUACUCCAGAUGCCUUACGGCUGUGGAGAACAGAAUAUGGCCCUCUUUGCUCCUAACAUCUAUGUUCUGAAUUAUCUAAAUGAAACACAGCAGCUGACUUCAGAUAUCAAGUCCAAGGCCAUUGGUUAUCUCAACACUGGUUACCAGAGACAGUUGAACUACAAGCACCAUGAUGGCUCCUAUAGCACCUUUGGGGAGCAACAUGGCAGAAACCAAGGCAACACUUGGCUCACUGCCUUUGUACUGAAGGCUUUUGCCCAGGCUCGAGCCCAUAUCUUCAUUGAGGAAGCACACAUCACCCAAGCCCUCACUUGGCUCUCCCAGAAGCAGAAGGACAAUGGCUGUUUCAGGAGCUCUGGGUCACUGCUCAACAAUGCUAUGAAGGGAGGAGUUGAAGAUGAAGUAACCCUCUCUGCCUAUAUUACAAUUGCUCUUCUGGAGAUGCCUCUCCCAGUCACUCACCCUGUUGUCCGCAAUGCCCUAUUCUGCCUGGAGUCAGCCUGGAAGUCAGCAAAGAAAGGAGCCGUAGGCAGUCACGUCUACACCAAGGCACUACUGGCCUAUGCUUUUGCCCUGGCAGGUUACCAGGAAAAAAGGACAGAAGUGCUCAAGUCACUUAAUGAAGAAUCUGUGAAGAAAGACAAUUCAGUCCAUUGGGAGCGACCUCAGGAACCCAGGGCACAAGUGGAGCAUUUUCACAACCACCAGGCUCCCUCUGCUGAGGUGGAGAUGACAUCCUACGUGCUCCUCGCUCACCUCACAGCCCAGCCAGCCCCAACUGCAGAGGAACUGAAUUCUGCGAUGCACAUCAUGAAGUGGCUCACAAAGCAACAGAAUUCUCGUGGUGGCUUCUCCUCUACCCAGGACACAGUGGUGGCUCUCCAAGCUUUGUCCAAAUAUGGAGCAGCCACUUUUACCAGGACUGGCCAGGCUGCCCAGGUGACCAUCCAGUCUUCAGGAGCAUUUUCCACCAAAUUCCAAGUGGACAACAACAAUCGGCUGUUACUACAGCAGGCCUCACUGCCAGAGCUGCCUGGGGAAUACAGCACAAAAGUGACAGGAGAAGGGUGUGUCUACCUCCAGGCAGCCUUGAAAUACAAUGUUAUCCCAGAAAAGGAAGAGUUCCCAUUUGCUUUAGAGGCACAGACUCUACCCCAAACUUGCAAUGGACCCAAAGCCCACACCAGCUUCCAGAUCUCACUGAAUGUCAGUUACACCGGAAGCCGUCCUGCCUCCAACAUGGCAAUUGCUGAUGUGAAAAUGGUAUCUGGCUUCAUUCCCCUGAAACCAACAGUAAAAAUGCUUGAAAGAUCUAACCAUGUGAGCCGGACAGAAGUUAGCAACAACCAUGUCUUGAUUUACCUGGAUAAGGUGUCAAAUCAGACAAUAAGCUUAUCCUUCACAGUUCUACAAGAUAUUCCAGUAAGAGAUCUGAAACCAGCCAUAGUGAAAGUCUAUGAUUACUAUGAGACAGAUGAGUUUGCAAUUGCUGAGUACAAUGCUCCUUGCAGCAAAGGUGAGCAAUUCGCACUCCUUCAAAACACAAUCAGAAGUCCUUUGGCUUAUCCCUCAAAUCUCCUUCAUAAAAUUGUGGCUAAAUAUUUUUCAUAGACAUCAUGUUGUGCACACUGCAUAUUAU